UCUGCGCGCGCGUGUUUGAGUGUGUAUGUGUGUGAUGCGCGCGCGCUGAUGUCCGGUGUGCCCGGCGGUGCCGGUGUGGUCUUCAGUCCGCGGCUGCUCGCGCUCUGCCUCGCGCUCGGACUCCUCGUGGAAGCUGCCGGUGGAUUAAAGGGAAAAACUCUCGUGGUGGAUUAGAGCGGCGAAUCUCCACACACACACACACACACACACACACACACACACACACACACACUGCAGCAGGUGAGCGAAGCCGGACCUGCACCGGGAGGGCGGACCAGAGAGAGCGCGCGCGUUUCCAGCCGACAACAGAGUGGGUCUGCUUCAGUACAGGGCAGUUUGUGGCCAGCGCUCAGUCCAGCCUUUCUGUGAACGUGGACAACAACUGGGCUGGAGCUUUGAACUCUGCCCCACUCACCACCAGCCAACCACAGCUGCCCUUACACCAUGCAGAGGAAUGGAGCUGAAUCUAUACUGGCCUAUGAUGGUCAGUUGCAGUCUCGUGUUAAUGUCCAGGAGAGUUCCUCUCCGAGCCACUACACACUCAAACCAGCACCGGACCCUCCGGCCCCCACACAGGCUCCCUCUGUGGAUCAGGUGGUGGAGUACUCUGACGACCCCUGGAGGAUCACUGGUGAACAACUGCAGUAUUACACUCACCAGUUCAGAACGCUACAGCCUGACCUCAAUGCCCUUAUAGUGGGCACUGUUGCAAAAAACUUCUUCACAAAGUCAAAGCUGCCCAUCCCUGAGCUGUCUCACAUAUGGGAGCUGAGUGAUGUGGAUCGGGACGGAGCCCUCACUUUCCCAGAAUUCUGCACUGCGUUCCACCUGGUGGUGGCGCGGAAGAAUGGCUAUCCUCUCCCUGAGAGACUCCCGCACACGCUCAGAGCGGCUUUCGGAGAGCAGAGCCUGCCGCACCCACCGAAGCCUCUUAUUGUGUUUGAAGACUCAGUGGCGUCCAGACAAACGGAAAUGGGUUUGAUCAGCCAGCAGGAAGUCCGAGAGGAGACUCAUAAGCAAGAAUUCAGUCCUCAGAGAGCAGCUGCUCCCCAAGACCAGCCAGCAGAGCAGCCAACACUGCAGAGCAGCACUUUAAAACCAGAUCCUCCCCAUGAGCUGGACCUUAACAUGAAGUCAAGAACGAGACCCAGAUCUUAUUCAAGCACCUCUAUAGACGAUGCUAUGAAGAAAGCUGAGGAGCCUCCGACCCCCCCACCACGUCCUCAGAAAACCCACUCGCGUGCCUCCUCACUCGACCUCAACAAGCUCCUCCAGCAGAGCGGACAAGGCGGUAAAAGCGGCUGGCUGCCCCCUCCUCCUGCUCUGCCCCCUCGACCUCCAGCCUCACAGCAGAUGUCCCACUUCCUCCCGGGAGCAGAAAACUCCCAGCAGGCCGUGCAGCAGCCUCACUUCGCAGACUUCAGCAAGUUCAGAGAAGAGGAGGAGACCGCUGAACCCCCUCAGGCCUUAGGACCCCUGAGGACAGUCGGCCCUGGCACAGAGACCCCAGGGGGCCCUAAAACAGACUCUACCUUGCUGUUCCAAGGCCACGCCCCUCAGAAGCCCAUGCGCCGGAAGCUCCACCCAGAAAACCAGAACACUGUUACACACUCAGGCUCCGCCUACUCAAGCUCCACCCCCACCACAGCGCCCAAAACAGGUCAAAGGCUGCCUGCCAGGCAGAAGAGGGAGAUUCAGAUGGCCAUCAGGAAAAAUAAAGAAACGAACGCAGUGCUAACACGGCUAAACAGUGAACUACAGCAGCAACUGAAGGAGGUUCAUCUACAGAGAGUUACUCUGGAGUCUCAGCUGGAGCUUCUUCGUCCUACAGCCUCUACUUGACCCCUCUGCCCCGCCCCCCCGUCCACCACUACCCCAGUCUCUGUGUGUCCAGAUGACCCAGUGGAAUGUAGUUUAUCACUUCAUGGCCUCCGCUGACCUUAAAUGACCUGAAACUCAGAGCCGUGUCCCAGUGUAACAGACGACACACCACACACACACACACACACACACCACACACACACACACACACACACAGAAUGAUGUGUCUGGAGUCACAGCUACUCUGUGUCUGUAAACACGCUGGAAAAUUUACGGCAUUGUGUGACCCUGAAAUGACCGCAUGCUCUCAGUGACAGUGAUGUUAAAGGGGAACUCCACCAUUUUUUUAAAAUUUCUGCAUAAUUAAGUAGAUGAUCAGUAAACAGUCAUUCAGAGGGGUUUGUUGUGAAACGGUCAGUUGUAGAGACAGUGGUGGUGAUGGGAACCAGGGGUUGCCAUGACUACAACACAAAUAUAGACAUUUUUAGAGGCACUGAACUCUUCAGAUGUCUGGUUCCUAUCACCACCACUGUGAACAGUUCUGACUCUAAACCACUCUGACUGACUUCACUUACAUCUUAACCGUUUAUUUAUGCAGAAAUUUUGAAAAAUGUGUUCCACCUCCGUCUUUAGAACCGAGUUCUCAUUCUAGUUUAUUUGAAUAGUCCACUGUUGAUCAUCUACAGACGCUUAACCCCUUAAAUGACCAGGGCUCGUCAGCAGGGCCAAGGUGCAUCAUCAGGAGGGGUUUUUGGUCUUUAACCUGUAAAAUCUCUGGACGCUACUACAGCACUGCUGUACGAGGCGAGUAGCCACGUUCCCAACAGAUGUAGUGAUAGUCAUGUGCCUCAUUUUGGCCUGAGCAGCCCUGUAAAGCCAGAGAGAGUGUUAGUCUUAUGGUUGAGGAAAAGUCAUAGACGUAAUUUAACGACAUCUGCAAAGCAUCUACAGUGGACUGUUCAAAUAAAGUGUUAGCAUGAAUUCACACAAAUGAAAGGCCGAGGAGGAGCAGGGUCUCUGCUUGUUUUGACUCUGAUUGGCUCUGUUCUUUAAUCUCAGCCGGAGAGUCAGUUUGUACUGAACUGUCUUAAUGAAUGAGGCCUCUGAGGUAAUGACUGAUUCUCUCACAGUAGCUUUGAGGGGUUUGUUUAUGGAUGGUCAGUCCGGUGAAUGGAAAGCAGGUGCAGGUUUUUUUCUUUGCCUUAUGUGAAGAGAAACUGUCUGGUAAGGCUGAGAGUCGAUCCCAAACGGAGUCAGUUCUCUGAUUCGAGGCAUUUUGGGGGAAAAGUUUAAAGGCUUUUACACAGCGACGUUCAAAUUUACCCACAUCCACAUGAGCCAGAGCGUGAGACAUUAGAGAUAUCUGAAUAAUAAUGCCUACAUCAGUAGAUUGGCUGGAUGAAGUGGAAAACAAAGCAAAAUGUACAGUUUGUAGCAAAAAGUGUCUUGGAGUCGUCUUCACCGGCGCUGAUCUGCCCUCCGCAGUCGACAGUGGAAAUCAGGUACAGUUCAAUUAGCCCCCCAGUAGUAAUCCACGUUAAUCUAGCGAACGUGAGCUCUCCAGAUUACGGUCUAGGCCAUUUAAUUAAACUGAUAUCUGAAGAACGGAGGAGUAAAUGUAACAAGAUCCCUUAUCAUUCAUACCGUCAAUCACGAUAGUGUAUUAAGUAAUAACGCACUUUUUCUGUUGCCAGAUCUUUUUCCUGUGUUUUGAUUUUUGAAACUGAAAUUUGAAAAAAAUGAUGUGGAAUCGACUCCAUUGAUCAUCGCUUACAGCAAUUCCGGAAUCAAUGUCCCGUUUAGGGCAAAAACAAAAGCCUCACAGAAAAGUUCUGCUCAGUACGGACGCCUGUUCCACCACUCGAACAAAAGGCAACAUAGCAUAUCAUAAUAAUGAGGUUUCUCGUAAUUUUGACUUACUAUAUUGUAAUUAUGACAAAGUAUCUCAUAAUAAUGACUUACUAUUUCAUAAUAGUGACAAACGUUUGUCAUAGUUAUGAGAGGCCAGAUUAUUAAAAUGAGACACUGUCAUAAUUAUGAGAAAGUAGGUCAUAAUUAUACAAUUGUAAAUCAUAAUUAUGAGACACUAAAUCAAAUUCUAAGAAUAAAACACAAGUCAUAAUUACAAGAUACUAAGUCAUAGUUAUGAGAAACUAAGUUAUAAUUAUGAUAUUUCAAAUCAUAAUUAUGAGAUACUAAGUCACAAUUGUGAGAUACUAAGUCAUAAUCAUGAGAUACUAAGUCAUAAUCAUGAGAUACUAAGCCAUAAUUAUGAGAAUGUUGGUCAUAAUUAUGAGAUACUAAGUCAAAAUAUGAGAAACGUUCAUAUUUCUCCAUGUUAUGAGAUCUCAUUAUUGUAAGAUUCUUAUAAUAAUUAGAUAGUAAAUCAUAAUUAUGAGAUACUAAGUUGUAAUUAUGAGAAAGUAGAUCAUAAUUAUGAGAUACUAAGCCAUAAUUGUGAGAUGUUAAGUCAAAAUACGAUUAACUUCCUUCAUAUCUAUCCAUAUUAUGAUAUCUCAAUAUCAGAAAAUUAUUAUAAUAACGAGACACUAAGUCAUAAUUCUGAGAUAUUAAGUCAUAAUCAUGUUAAAAUUCUCAUUAUGAGUAAAUGUCUAUAUUUUUCUCAGGGCUUUAGUAGUUCAUGCCGCUCUCCUGCAGUAGCAGCCGUUUGUGCACUAGGAGCAGGUUUAGCGCUCCUCUCGAGUGCUGUGCCACCAGAGACAUGCACCAAACACACGCUGGUGUUUUUCACUAAACCUGAAACCUGAAACUCAUCACAGAAACCUCAGCUUUGCUCCCCUUCAUCAAGAUUGUUUUCCUGCUAAUGUUAUCAUUCACAGCUGCUUCCAUUCACACCGGUCAUUUCCUGCCUGUUGUGCAGAUAAACCAGCACAUCGGUUUAGUAUUCACAUCACAUAAACGUGCAUGUAUGAAAGGGGGCUUAUGUAAUAAUAUUUCAUUUCGAGAAUCAAGAAAAUGUGUGACCUUAUCGACUCUUGGAAUCAACUUCGUCAAGUUCACUAACCAGGACUGAGCCAGGUUUGCGUAAGUUUAUACUGGGCGUAAAGGCUUUGCUGAGUCAGCUACACCAGUUAGUUUCAGACUAUCCUUUACUAAAUUUGGCUGCACCACAAAUCCGCAGGUCGUGUCUUAACCAGUAACAACUAACCGAUGCGUACGUCGCUUUAACAUGACGACAACAUGUUCAGAACCAAUCAGUAAACCCGCUGCCAUGGAAACGCGACGGCAGCCGCUCUGACUUUUUCAAUAGAAAUAAUAUCCAGCAUAGAAGGGAACAGUGUGUACAAGUUAAACUGAAUAAAGCUGAUUAUCUACAGACGCUGUUUAGUCUUUAAUAUUUCACUGAGGAAAACAAAUACGCAGCUUUAUAAACGAUAGUUUCUGGCUGACCGACACGCCAGCAGAUCAGUUUAGCCGUCUGGGCAGACGCUGAGUCUCUGGAGCUGUUUAAUCGGUUUAAUCAGGCCGAUGAUUAGAGCUGUGAGUAAAUUCACAGCGUAUAGCGUUUCGAGUUUUUAGCUUAGUUUAACCAAAAAAAGUCGUUUUUGGUCUUUUUUUGUGUUUUCUACAUGGUUUCUGAUGGUUUCCCCAACACUCACACCUGCUGAGGGGGAGGCGUUCACGGGAACUGUACAGUUAAACUGACUCAUAUCAUUGAUUCCAAUCACGUUGAUUAGACUGGACUCCAAUAUUUCCAGAACUGAGCCGCCGUACUGUCUGGUGUGUGUGAGUGAGUGUGUGUGUUAUGUGCUCGUUCUAUCUGAGGCCACCAUGAGUUUCUUUUGGGUCAGUUCUGCACUACAGGUCACUGUGGAGGAAAGCACAUUGGCAGAAAGCAUGUUUUAUGUCUGUGAUGUGAAAAAUGGUUUUAAAACGCAAACAAACUAGAAAAAUGCAAAAGUGAGGCCUUCAGCGUCCACUGAAACUGGAAUGGUCUGCUGAAUGUGUUUGUAAUGUGGUGCAAAAAAGAAGAAUGAGAACCCCAGAGACUUUUUUCUUUCUUUUUCCAAAGUGGUUUGUUUCUCUUCCCACUGUGAACCAGCUGACCUCACCUGUUUCUCCCCUGUAGUUAUUCUCUAUAGAGAUGUCCGGCGGUCAGUGAGGACAUGGUCACUCAUUGUCACCGUUCUGUGGAAAAACAGCAAACAAAUGACUGUAAAAUGCCGCUCGGAAAGAUUCUGCUUGUUUGUUUGUUUGAAUGCAGAAACGUCUGAUGUUCACGUGGGGUGUUAAAUAUUUUCCUAUGCAAAAUCGCGAUGGUGCCGGCCGACUUCCUGUUUCUGUUCAUACUGAGCCAAAUUCAGAUGAGGCUCUCACACUCACUGCAGGGGACCGGACUGAGCCUACUCCAGCGUGUGAGUGAGCGUGAAGGUUCUGUGGUUCUGUGCUGUGUUCUGUCCUGCACGUGUGAAACAGAGAACACUGUAAAACCUUCAGUUUGGGUUCCUGUGAUUUUUAUUCCUCCUUCAUUUAUACUGAUCACACUGUGACACGAUUUACAGUGAUGUCAUUCGUUUUUACCUCUUCUGUUUGUUUUUAAUGUGUAAAAGCCCCAAAUCUGCCUGUGAACUGUAUAAAAUAAACUUAUUUAAAUAAUGAAAA